CAACUAGCGAUCGACCACACUAUGUCUUUCAUUUUAUCCUUAUUGGAUGUUACGUCUUGGUCGGCACCGUCAUGGAUUCUGGUUGCGACGCUUCUCUUUGCUUUGUGGACCGUGAAUAGACAGACUUUAUCACCGUCCAAAGUGGAAAAAAGCCGAGAUCAAACACCUGUGAACCCGACAGCCAACGGAGGGCAAUCAAAGAUCAAGUCAUACUCCACUAGGCCCAAACAACGGAGAGCAAAGAAGGGCGAUACUUCUGGUGAAGUUACCGGUGGUUGUUGCAAUGUUGAGGAAGAUGAAGGUUGUUGCUCUUCCAAUGCUGGAGAAUCGUGCUGCAAAUCAAGCAGCAAACCGGCAACCCCCACCAGUGAGACUGCGAUACCAAUCGAAAAUGUCCCGGAUAGGGAAGAUACGGAAGAGAUUGAUGACGAAAAGAGGAUCACACUCAAAAUUCUCUUUGCCACUCAAACUCGCACUUCCCGCACACUUUCCUACCGGCUGAAAGAACUUGUGGAGGCCAAUGUUCCGUUGGUAAAGGAAGUCGAGGUUCUUAAUAUUGCUGACUACGAGAACGAGGACCUGAUGACCGAGAAAUCUCCGGUUGUAUUCUUUUUAUCUACAUACACCGAAGGAUCACCGACGGAAGACGCCGCAUGGUUUUAUCAAUGGUUGGAAGAUACUCGGUUCGAUCAUCGAGUGAAUAAGCAAUGUAUGAAAUCGUUGCGAUUUGCGGUAUUCGGAUUGGGCGACUCAGUGUAUGAAGAAAAUUAUUGUACGGUUGCGAAGAGAGUCGACAAGUGGAUUGGAGAGCUAGCGGGGAGACGAAUUUGCCCGCUGGCAUUGGGAGAUAAGAGUGAUGAUACGGAACAUCAGUUCAUCACAUGGACAAAACUUUUCCUCAGCCGGAUUAACGGAGUUGCCAAUCACCUUUCUAUAGCUGGAGAAGACAAUUUGGACGAUUUUGUGGAGGAGGGCGAUUACGAGAGUUCCGAAGAGGAGGAAGAGGAGGCAGCAACGGGCAGUGGUGACGAGCUAAUGGACCUGGAGGAUAUGGGGGCCAUGGCGGCAAAAAUAAAGAGCGCGAAACAGCAGAGAACUGAAGAGGAAGCUGCUUUGAGCUCAAAUAAAGGAGGUCCAAAAAGGAGGAUCGGCACCAAGGAUGCUGAAGAGCGGCCAGAGAAAUUGAUCAAAGAGAUGGUCACGCCAAUGUUGCGUAAAUCUCUGGAGAAACAAGGGUAUAAAAUCGUCGGUACGCACAGUGGUGUGAAAAUAUGUCGCUGGACAAAGUCAAUGUUGCGUGGGCGAGGUGGAUGCUAUAAGCACACUUUUUACGGUAUCGAAUCACAUCGAUGUAUGGAGACCACUCCAUCGUUGGCAUGUGCCAACAAAUGCGUCUUCUGCUGGCGGCAGCAUACAAAUCCAGUCGGAACUGAAUGGCGCUGGAAAAUGGAUGAUGCUGUGGAUAUUGUGGAUGGAGCCAUGGAUAACCAUUACAAGAUGAUCAAGCAGUUGAAAGGUGUACCAGGCGUGAAACCAGAACGGUUUGAGGAGGCUUUCACCAUCAAACACUGUGCUUUAUCACUUGUCGGUGAGCCCAUUAUGUACCCAAAAAUCAAUGAAUAUGUGGAUAUUCUGCAUUCCCGCAAUGUUUCCUCCUUCCUUGUCACAAAUGCCCAGUUUCCAGACGCUAUUGAAAAUCUGAAGCCUGUCACCCAGCUGUAUGUGAGCAUUGACGCUGGAACCAAGGAGGAUCUUAAGAAGAUCGACCGACCACUGUUCCGUGAUUACUGGGAGCGAUUUCUUGCUUGUCUUGAUGCACUUGGGAAAAAGGGCCAAAGAACUGUAUAUCGUCUAACAUUGGUCAAGGACAAGAACGAUAGCACCCUGGAUUCUUACGUGACCCUAAUUAGUCGAGGGAACCCCGAUUUUAUUGAAGUGAAAGGUGUAACAUAUUGCGGCUUCUCCGGCGCGUCGCAUUUGACGAUGAAAAAUGUGCCGUAUCAUCACGAAGUCCUGACUUUCUGCAAGGACUUGUGUGAGCGGCUUGGUGGCAAGUACGAGGUAGCUUGUGUGCAUGAACACUCGUGUAGUGUUUUGAUUGCCGAUAAAGCGAGAUACUACAAGGACGGAGGAUGGUGGACUUGGAUUGAUUAUAACAGGUUCUUUGAACUAAUCAGGGAAGGGAAGCCCUUUACCAGUGAGGAUUAUAUGGAAAGGACUCCGGAUUGGGGUGUGGUUGGAGAUGAACGUGGUGGAUUUGAUCCAGAAGAGACUCGCUUCUAUAGAAAAGGAAGGAUACCAGCAGGCGAGGAAGGGCAACGAUAAUGCGCGAUAUAUGCUGCUGUAUUUCCAUAUUUGGUUAAAUUAUGUUUACAUGAUCAAAGCUUCUCAAUUCCCACGCUCCA